AUGGUACAAUAUGAUGGACAAGUCUCGAACUCCGAAUGCGAUUCUUAUCUGGGACUGUCUAGUUUUGAUCGGACCACGAAAUCGUACAUAAUAAAAUUCACUCCACAAGGCUUCAACUACCCUGAUCCAGCGAGUCACCAUUAUGAUAAAAAUGUGAUUCGUCGGAUAAGCUUCGGAUUUGCUAUAACUGAUCCAUUUUAUCCACUUGGUGGGGAUGCUCAAAUGUCUGCUUUCUUGUUUGAUGCAGAAUCGCAAGCAGUUUCAGAAAACAGUCAGAAAUAUUCAGAGGCCGAAGUCAACUCUACGGUCUAUUCUAACAUAUACACACUUGGGAAGAGUCAGAUAGAGCGCACUAUCCGCAAGUUUAUAAUUUCAAGCGUGCAGAAUGUUCUUAUUGGAAGACCUUAUUUUGUAACCUUGCCCAUGCUGAGUAGCACAUACGCCACAUACCCGCUUGUUAAUACCAGUAGCAACAUUUAUGCGCGUGCUUCUGUCGAACCUUCCUCCUAUAUAGUUAAUACUGAAAUAGAGAAAUCUAAUAUGACUUUACUUGAUGUCUUAAGCGCCUUAGGAGGUAUGUAUUCUUUAAUUAUGGCAUUCUACGGAAUACUGUAUGGUGAUAGAGCCAUUGAACCAUGGGGUUUGGUCCAGAAAAUGAGGCACAAAUCUGUUAAAAAAUUUUUGGAUAAGAAGGUUAAGAUUACUGCCUGGGCUGUUAAGGAAACUGACACAGUUGAGGAUGCAGGAACAAUCACCGUAGUAGAUGAACAAGCGAGCAUAGCUGAUGAUGAACAAGCGAGCAUAACUAAUGAUGAACAAGCGAGCAUAGCUGAUGAUGAACAAGCGAGCAUAACUGAUGAUGGCGGCGAGGAAACAAUGGAAGAACUCAAACGUAAACUUGGUAGAUUGCAAAAAAGACAAGAGUCGUUGGAAAACUUUUUGCAAGAUUAUGUUGUUAAUAUGAGCUUUUAUAAGAAGGAUGGGAUAAAGUUUCCAAAGUGUUUGUGUGCUUAA